AUGAGUGUCGCCCCAUGUGAUAGUGCGCUGCACGCUCAACUUCAACUUGCUUCUUACGAGUACGAAACGCUUGAGCAGCGCUAUCGAAAUCUUGUAACAAGACAUGAGGAGCUGAGCAAGCUUUGCUCGGCAUACAGAGAUGUCAUUUGCGGCUUCUCAACAGGUGAAGAGCAAGCACCCAGCAUCGAGCAACUACGUGCUGAAGCUGGCCGCGAGGGCAUGCGUGCCAAAGCCCUCGAAGCCGACGUGCUUAAGCCAAUCAUCCGAGAAGCCGGAGGACUGCAAGCGCUCGUGUCGCAAAUGCAGUCUGUGCGGUCACUGAUUGAGAGGACCGGCAGUCUUCCAGAGCUUGAAGAGCUGGUCUCAGCUGUGAACUUAUUCCGCGUUGGCUUAGACAAGGUCGGGGGCCUCCAGGGUCUAUACGGCCUCAUGGCCGAAGUUAAGGAUUUACGGGAGCAGCAGCUUGCGUUUCGAGAGACGAAAGCUAGGGUUGAUUGUCCCAAUGGACUCGCUGCAAAAGCAGCAAAGUAUGACAGUCUUAUGCAAGCUUUCAGUGCUGUCCAAGCUACAGAGGAACACACCGCUCCAGCUGGGACCGCAACAAUUAAUCCUGCACGAGCGACUCUCAUUGCUUCUGUACCACUCGAGAUGGACCCAUAUCGUGAUCUGUAUGAAGCUCCCCGGGUCGAGAAGCCACGCAACAAAACCGGUUCAAACAACAUCCCCUUGGGACCUGCACGUGCACACGGACGAACAACCAGUCAGAUUGAUGAGCAACCAUCGUUGAAGCGAGAACCGCUAGAAAAUAUGGAGGAAAUCAUCAGCAAGCGCCCUCGAGUCGACCUUGAACGUUUCUCAACUCAGAUAAAAAGGUCCAUGCCAUCGUUUCAUAUACAAAAGCCAUCAUUGCAUAUACAAAACUCAUCAUUUGAUCGUCACAAGCAGCCAACCGAACAUGAAGUACCACGUUCUCAAUCAAAACCGACAGUCAAACCAGAAGACCUCUACCGUACUGAGAUACAAAGUCUUCGUACACACAAUCAACAGCCUGAAAUUUCACCCCUCUUAGCUGUCGCCACUGAGAGCAUUAAUUUACCCAAAUCUAUGAUGGUUGGCCGUUAUCCGAUUGCCCUUUGGACAGGUGACGCUGACCCUCAUGCUCCGGAACGGCCUGGGCAGAUGAAAAAGAGCGGUGCUAUUCCCGGGGAGCUAGGCAGAUUUCUGGCCAGUGAGAUUUCCAAGUACAUCACUGGCGCGGUCGGUCAGCUCCUUGACACGAUGCCGCCGAAUAGGGACACAUGCAUACUCCGAUACAUUCUGGAUGGCCAUAGGCCUUCAGGCCAACCGCAGACGCGAAAGGCUUGUCCCUUGUGCUCAUCAACAUGGGUUAAGCAUCACCGUCCAUGCGCCUUGCUCCUCGAGGUUGACGGUGUUCGCACUGUGGUGUUCAUGCCACUUCCUGGUAUACCUGGUGAUCACACAUACUGGACCGAGAAGAACCACUGGGUAAAGGGCACUGAAUAG